ACUAGGACUACCACCAUGCUCCGCGCCUGCAUCAUCCUCGCCAUGGCCACCAGCGCCCUUGCUGGUCACGUUGGCCACCUUGCUGGAGGCUACAACCUCGCCAAUAACCUUGGUUAUGGCCUUGGCUACGGUAGCCUUGGUUACGCCGGUCUUGGUUACGGUGGUCUUGGUCUGUCGCACUACGGGCUUUCCCACGGCGUUGGAUACUCCGGCCUCACCGGCUAUGGUGCCGGCUACGGAUACGGUUACGCACCAGCCGCAAGCUAUGCUGUCGCUGCCCCAGCCGUCACCCGUACCGUAUCCACCUACCAAGCUGCUCCAGCUGUCACCACUGUGCACGCUGCCCCAGCCGUAGCUGCUGUGCAAGCUGCUCCAACCGUGACUGCUGUCCAUGCUGCCCCAACUGCCGCCACUUAUGCCGGCUACGGAUACGGUUACGCACCUGCUGCCAGCUAUGCUGUCGCUGCCCCAGCCGUCACCCGUGCCAUCUCCACCUACAACGCCGCCCCAGCUGUGACCACUGUGCACGCUUCGCCAGCCGUCACUGCUGUGCAAGCUGCUCCAGCCGUCACUACUGUCCACGCUGCCCCAAGUGUCGCCACUUAUGCCGCUGCCCCAUCUGUAACCUACUCUGCCGCCCCAGCUGUAACCAGGGUUGUUCAGCAGUCCGCUCCGGUUGUUGCUGCUGCCCCAGCUGUCGCUACCUACGCCGCUUCCCCAGCUGUGACUGCUGUCCACGCUGCUCCUGCGGUCACUACAGUUCACGCUGCGCCAGCCGUCGCUGCCGUCCACGCUGCCCCCGCUGUCGCUGCCGUUCACGCUGGUCCCUCUGUCGCUGCCGUCCACGCUGCUCCAGCUGUCGCUGCCAUCCACGCUGCUCCAGCUAUCGCUACCUACAGUGUUGCCCACGCUGCCCCAGCCGUCGCUACCUACGGUGUGGCCCACGCUGCCCCACUCUACUAUGGCUAUGGUGUUGGCUCUCUCGGCUAUGGUGCUGGUCACUACGGUUAUGGCCAUGGCCUGCUCGGCUACGGCCUGAACUACGGCUAUGGUCUUGGCUCUCCUCUGAGUUACGCCACCCUUCUGCGCAAGAAGAAGUAAAUGGCGCUCUUCUAAGCCUUUCCGCAGAAGCCGUUGUACAGAAUGAUGGUGAGCCAGCCUUGAAGACUCCACUGAAGUGUACGAAUUUUAAUAGAAUAAUAAAAUUCUUGCACAGUAUCUGCGUUCUC